GUCGUGUAACUUCUCUUGCUUUAAAUUAUAUAUUAUAUGAUAAAAGUGAUAAUAUAAAACAUUAGUUUCAUUGUUUUUACGAUUAAAAGUCAAAAAUGGUAAAUAUAGUAAUAGUAAUAAUUAAGAUUUAAGAGUGGUAUUUGAAUAAAUAAAAGAAUUGAAUAAAUUAUUGUUAGAGAAAUAUAUGGUAACAUAUUGUUAGUCUAAGUUUAAAGUAAGACCAAAAAUGAUGAGUUAAAUAAAAGGAUCCAAACAACACGAUAAUAAUAAUAAUAAUAAUAAUAAUAAUAAUAAUAAUAAUAAUAAUAAUAAUAAUAAUAAUAAUAAUAAUAAUAAUAAUAAUAAUAAUAAUAAGGAAUUGCAUUACUUACGUUUAAUCCAUACGUAAUAUUAGUCCACUAGUUGAUGUCCCGCACCUUGUAUGGAUUAAUAUCUAUAUAUAUAUAUAUAUACCUAAUAAUUUUUAAUUCUCGUGUUCAUUUUAUUAAAAAUAUUAAAUUAGAUACAAUUUUUAAUUAAUACUAUAAACAUAAAACUUCAAUAUUCACAUUGAUAAUAUAUAUAUUAAAUUAUAUUCUUUUGUUUCAUAGUUUUAUUUAUGGGAUGUAAAUUUUGGAUCAAUACUUUUUCUACAGAAAUAAUCAAAUCAUGAAAUUUGGAUUUGAAAUUAAACAUUUAUUAUAUUUGGACUGAAAAAAAUCAAAUAGCACUGAAAAAAAUUAUAAACAAUUACAACUCAUAAAAUGUCAACAAAUAACAAUAUUUUAGAGGUGUUCAGUCCGGUAAAACCUUUAGAUUUGGUAGUACCGAAUAAAUCGAAUGGAUGUUAUUUGGUAGUACCGAAUAAAUCGAAUGGAUGUUAUUUUAAAAAACCAGCAGAAUAUAGAUAUGGUUCAGUAUAUUAGCCGAUCCAACCGAAUAAACUAAAGAAACCAAUUAAUUAAAAAUAUGUUAGUAUACUUAUAUAUAAAUUUUAUAAUAAUUUGUAUCUGGAUCAAUAUUUCAAAUAAGAAUUAGAGAAACUGUUAUGAUAUUAGUCAUUAAAUCAUAAACUAAAUAUGUUUAACCCAUACGUAAUAUUAGUCCAUUAAUUUCUUUGACGGUCCUUUGUAAGAAAUUUAACCGUUCAUCUCUCUCUCUCUCUCUCUCACCACCACUCUUUCUGAUUGACUUGACUCUGGUCUCUUUGUCUCCCUAACUCUAAGUUAUCUUCCGUCGAUGGAUUCCUUUGCUGGAUUCGGCAAUUCUUAUGAAUUCAGCAGCACUAGCUUCUUCUUCACCGCACCCACCGACUCAUCUAUUCUUUAUGCCCCCACCGCACCCGAUGCAUCGGCGCUACGACUUCUCUCCAACAGCCUCGAGUCCGUCUUUGACUCGCCGGAGUCUUUCUACAGCGACGCCAAGCUUGUCCUCUCCGGCGGACGGGAAGUAUCCUUCCACCGCGUUCUUCUCGCAGCGAGGAGCCCCUUCUUCAGAAACGCGCUGACCACCGCCGUCGUGAAGCUCGAGCUGAAGGAGAUCGCCAAGGAUCACGUCGUCGGCGUUGACUCGGUGGUUGCCGUUUUAGCGUACAUUUACAGCGGCAGAGUGAAGCCGCCGCCGAAAGGAGUCUCCGAAUGCGCAGACGAGAGUUGCGGCCACGUGUCCUGCCGGCCGGCGGUGGACUUCAUGGUGGAGGUUCUGUAUUUAGCUUCCGUCUUCGAGAUUCAUGAACUAGCUACGCUCUACCAGAGGCAUUUACUGGACGUUGUAGACAAAGUUGUUGUAAUAGAGGACACGUUGCUCGUACUCAAGCUUUCUAGUAUCUGUGGUGAAGCUUGCAAGAAGCUAACAGAUAGAUGCUUAAAGAUUAUCGUCAAGUCUGAUGUCGACUUAGUUACUCUUGACAAGUCAUUGCCGCAACACAUCGUCAAAGAGAUAGUUAAACUCCGUAACGAUCUCGGCUUUGAGGUGCCUGAGCUAGAGAAACAUGUCUUGAAUAUAUACAAGGCACUUGACUCUGAUGACGUCGAGCUUGUUAAAAUGCUUUUGACUGAAGGCCACACUAAUCUUGAUGAUGCCUACGCUCUUCAUUUCGCUGUUAAGUAUUGCGAUGUCAAGACCGCGAAUGAUCUCCUUGACCUAGAGAUUGCCGAUGUCAACCUUAGGAAUCCGAGGGGAUACACGGUGCUUCAUGUUGCCGCCAUGCGCAAGGAGCCUGAUCUGAUCCUAUCUCUGUUGACAAAAGGGUCACGUGCAUCGGAAACGUCUUUCGAAGGUAGAACGGCUCUCUUGAUUGCGAAGCAAGUCACUAUGGCGGCUGAGUAUAAUAAUCUUGCGGAGCAAUGCAAGCCUUCUCUGAAAGGUAGGAUAUGCGUAGAGAUACUAGAGCAAGCGGACAAAGGAGAUCCAUUUCCUAGAGAUGUUUCUCCCUCUCUUGCAAUGGCGGACCAUGAACUCAAGAUGAGGCUGCUCGAUCUUGAAAACAGAGUUGCACUGGCUCAACGUCUCUUCCCUACGGAAGCACAAGUUGCAAUGAAUAUCGCCCAAGUGAAGGGAACAUCCGAGUUCACUGUGUCUAGCCUCGACCCUGACUAUCUCAUUGGUGCAAAGAGAACAUCACCUUUUAAAAUCCUAGAAGAGCAUCAAAGCAGAUUAAAAGCGCUUUCUAAAACUGUGGAACUGGGGAAACGCUUCUUCCCACGAUGUUCGGCAGUACUUGAUCAGAUUAUGGACUGUGACGAUUUGACUCAGCUGGCUUGCGGAGAAGGCGACACUCCUGAGAAAAGACUACAAAAGAAGCAGAGGUACAUGGAAAUACAGGAGACUGUGAAGAAGGCCUUUACUGAGGACAAGGAGGAACAUGGUAAUUCCUCUCUCUCAGCUUCUUCUUCUUCCACGUUCAAAUCAAUAGCUAGAAAGAGGUCUAAACUCUACCAUCGGCGUCGCUGAGACUCUUGGGGUAAUUUUUUCGAUGUACCAUAUAUUAUUCUGUUUUCAUGAUUGCUUACUGUCUAUAGUUACCGUCAUAUAGUUUUUUUUUUGGGGUCAAAGGCAUCAUAUAUUUUAUUCUUCAUAAACAUCCUGUAUUUUAGAUGCAGGUGUGUCGGAAAAAAAAAUGAUGUAACAUUUUGAACCAGAAUUAAGCAAAUUUGUGAUGUAUAUAUGCUUAUGUACCAUAACAAUUACCCGUGAUGGUGUUACAGAGUUUACAAGAAUCAAAGUGUGAAAAAAUGACAAGUUGCUGGCCUAUUUGGUUCAGAAGUGUAAGAAUACUUAUUGAACUAUAUAAGUGUUAAAAAUGGUAUAGGUUAUGCAAAAUUACUCCUGAGAUGGAUUCGGCAGAGACUGACACUUGAUUAUGCAAAUUACUCCUGAGAUGAUUUCCUUAUAUAUUACUGCUGAGAUGGAGUCCGCAGAGAUUGACACUUGUUUAUGCAAAAUCUAUCUUUCAGUUAUAAAGGGAACCCCAAAAAGUAAAUACAAGGCUCUUGUCAAAGUGGGAUGAAUGAAUUAUCAUAUCCUAUACGUACUGAACUUACGUAAAAUCGUAUACGCAAACAAUUAAGCAAAACUUAUUUGAAUAAAUCUCAUAAUUGCGAAUAUUCAACGCUCCAAUUCUUCAUAUCAGUGGCGUUGACUAAGAUCCACUCGUAAUCUCCAGCUGGCAAGGAGGGGAAAGGAAUGAUAAUGAGAGCUUCAGAAGCACGUUCCAUUUUUCAUGAGAAAAAAGACAGAGUGGCCUUUAUAAGCUCGCCUGAAGCGUGUUUCACAAUUAUCAGGCAUACCCAUUCGCAUCAAUUUGUGUUGACUGAGAUCAAUUCGUAAUACAUAUCCAGCUUGUAAGGAAUAAAUAAAUGUAAAAAAGUGUUCAACAUGACGAGUGGAGAACAAAAGAAAAAAUGGAUAGCUCAUCGUCAACCAAAGCUGUAGUCCUGACGGGAUCUAAGUCGAGCAAUGACAGCACCUUCACCAUCAUGAAAUCUUCCGACGGACUUUACAAGAUUCCUUUCGGCAGUGCUGACAAACCAAUGGAACUCGGUUUAGAAAAGUUAGAUGACCGUGGUACAUGGGUGUUAGCAUUGUCGAACGGAAAUCAUUCUCGCUUAGGCUUUUCUUUCCACCUGGUGGUUCCGUCUUAAGAACGGAACUCGGUUUUAAACAUGUUCCGCCUUCUGCCGGCUACUCUUUGUAUCUGUCUUUUCAUGGUGAUGUUUCAUUUCAUAUCAAACAUCAGUGUGUGAUUUUUUUCUUUUGAUGUGAUGUUUCAUUUUAAAGAGUUGAUGAUGAUAAUUCACAUAAUAAUAAUUGUAGAAGAAUACUUUUAGUUUUAGAAUACCACGAAUCUCAACCGCUGAAGAAACCAUGUUUUGAGGAAUAGAAAGAUAAUUCAUUGGUCUCAAUACAUAGGUGACUGAUAGAUCUCAGAUUAAAUCCACUAAAAAAUAGGGUACAAAAUUUUGAUUACGUGUAUAAUUAAGAAGUAAUUUCGAGAAAAGUAUACAGAGUACAAGUUAAGUAUAAAAAGUGUAUACUUUAUUCAUUAUAUGAGAAGAUACAACUAUGGAGAGUUAGGGGUAUAAAUUAACAAAAGAGUAUGAGGAUAUUUAGAUUUGAGACUUUAGGCUUGCUAUGGAAUAAUUCGGAUCCUCCACUUCUUGUUCCUGAUUCUCCUUUUCAUAGGUCUUGGUCUGGACCUGGCUCUGGUUCUUCCAUAAUUGUUUAGCAUUGUUUUCAACCUUUAUUAAUUAGUUAUUACAUAGAUAAAAUACAAAUGUGGAAUCAUUGAUUCUUAGAAGCAAGAGAAAAUGAGAAAGGUAGACAAAAUGUUCCUAACUAGUAGUAAGCACUAAUUGAAAGUGUGAAACUGUGAAUACAAAUUGAAAAUGAGUCAAAGUCAAAGACUCUACUCAACGUAUCUUCGAUAUAGUGUCUCGAACAAAUGGUUCCGUGUUCCCAUCACAAUUGUUUAACAUUUGGGGUCAGUAAUACCACAAGACUUGAGAUAAAUGCUAAGGACAUUGCUAUCGAGGAUACGAGUUUUAAUAACAUCACAUAGACAUGAAUGGUGCUCUUUUAGCUGUUCACAGCAUGCAGUCGACAUCAUCAUUCUCUUAGCAAUACCGUCGAAACAAACCUGAAGCGCAUUUGUCGCACAUGAUUCUCCAUUCCUCUUGGAACGACUUCCCUUGACAGCGAUAGCUUUUGUCGGAGGAGGGAAUGAUGCCAAGAGUACGACGAAUGCGAUAAGCAACAAUGCUACGAUCUUCAUGUAUAUAUAAUUGUUUGUUUGUAUCUCUUUUUACCACCUUUUUGUUUUCUGGGUAAAAAAUGUGAAGAUCUGUUUAGGUAUUUAUUGGAUAAUCAAGGAUUCAUGUUGUAUGGUAUUGCGUAAUAGACUCGAUUCGCCUUAUUUAUCAACACGUACGCAAUUAGCUAUGUAUAUAUAUAGACUACAUGCAUGCAAAGUUCAAUUACUUUUCCAUAAUAGGUUAAGAAAUUUAUAGAAAUACUAUUUAAAUUUCGAAUUGGUUACCAAAAUGGUUUACAAAUUAUAGUAAUUUAUUCUAAUCAAUAAGAAACUGUAUAAAAACUGAAAAAAAUAAGAAAGAAGCACAGAUUCUUUGGUAUGGUGUCUCGAUAAUCUUUUACUGUGUUCAACAUUUGGGGUUAGGCAUACCACAAGACUUGAGACUAGAGCUAAGAACACUGGUAUCGACCAUACGAGAUUUAAUUAUAUCACACAGACAUGUAUGAUGCUCUUUCAGACUCGCACAACAUGCAGGCUUCACCGGCGCUCCACGAGCUAUGCCAUCAAAGCAAACCUUAACCGCACUUGUAAGACAUGAUUUCGCAUUGCUCUUGGAACUUGUCGGAGGAGGGAAUGAUGCCAAGGCUAUGACAAAUGUGAUAAGUAACAAUGCUACCAUCUUCAUGUUUAGUUCUUCGUUUAGAGUUGUUUGGAUACCUAUUGUUGUUUAAGAAAAAAUGUUUGAAAACUUGUUGAGGUAUUUAUUGAAUAAACAAUGAUUCACAUAUCGUAUGGUAUUGCAUAAUAAACGCGUUUUAUCUUGCUAAACAACAUGAACGUGAUUAGUAUUGUGCAAAUAUAGCCUUGAGGUAAACAGCAAGUCAACUGGUUUGUUUGGUGUAGAAAAUUAUAGAAAUAUUAUUUCUACAUAUUU